UAAAAUGGCGGCGGUUCCUGACAGUGUAGAGUGAAACUUUGCUAUUUUUAGCGAUAAUUCUGUCGUUUCCCCGCACCUUUACCUGGCUGUAGUCGCUAGAUUCUCACAGUUAACGUAUUUAUAACACGGAGCCGUCACAUAUCGAUCACCAGGACCGAGCAGACUCGGUUAGGGCUCCGGGUUUUGGCCGCCUGAUCGCUGGGCUUCCCUCGAAGUUGACGGGCUGCUGAGUGUCUGACAUUGUCAUCAUACCGACUGUUGUUGUCACCGGAUCGUUCAAACGCGGAAACGGCAGGACAUCGACCGAGUAGCUAGCUAGCUGACCGGUUAAAUAAAACACACGGUGCGGGGUUUCGGGUCGAGACUGUGUGAGAUCGUGAGGACGUGUCACGUCAGCUGUCAAGAGAAAUCUCAGGUGUUGGAUGUCACCUGUACUCAGUGUCAGUCUGGUUUGCUAGCAUCGUCCAUCCUGGCAAAUCAAAUGGAGAAGCUCCAGGACCUGAGCCAAUCAGAGCUGCAGGAGCUCCUGGACACGCCAGAGAGGGUGGAGUCUAUGGCUCUGGAGUCUGACGAGAUCCAGAACAUCCAGCUGGAGAGAGAGAUGGCCCUGGCGUCAAACCGCAGCCUGGCUGAACAGAACCUUGACAUGAGGCCUCGUCUGGAGACUCAGAAGGAGCUGCUAGUGGAGAGAUACUCACAGUUGGAGGUCAUCAGAGAAAACUACAGACAAAACUGCUCACUCAGAGAUGGGAUGGUCGGUCAGGUGUCUCCUGAAGCGUUUUUCUCCAGACUACAGACAGAGGGCGGCAAAACAGAGGAGGAGUCAGAGGCUCUAGCAGAUGAGUUUCUGGAAGGUUCUCUGCCAUUGGACUCCUUCCUGGAGCGUUUCCUGUCUCUGCGCUCACUCGCUCACAGGAGGCGGGUUCAGAUCGAGAAGCUUCAGGAGAUCCUGCGACAGAGGAGCGAGGGAAUUCCAACCGCCAUGACAUCAUCAAAGGGCAGCCAGGACCCCGCCCCCUCAGCCUGGAAUCAACCAACGUCAACAUCGACGACCACACAUCAGCAGCAGCCAAGCUCUGCCCCCCAGAACCCCUCGCAGCAGACCGCCUCGUCAUCUGUAGGGGGCACUGCCGGCCUCCCCUACAGCCCCUACCCCAUCUCCCCCCCCAACCACCCCACAGCAGCAGCUGCGAGCUCCGGCCCAGCCAACCCUCCAUCACAGUUUCCUCCGUACCCUAGUUCCGGUUCACCUUUUACCCCCGCAGGGGGCUUCUCUGGCCCCCGGCCAGCCUUCGGUCCCCCCGCGUCAGCCGCCUGUCCCUACCCCAGCCAGCCCUCCUUCCCCGCUCCCCACCCUGGCUCGGCGUUUGGCCAGUACACUCCCAACCAGAGCGGCCCUGCCCCGUACCCCGCCUCCUACAGCUAUGGGGGCUACAGCUACCCCACUGGCCCCGCCUACUCCAGCUCUCAGUCCCCCACAGGGAGGCCCCUGUACAGACCGGGGCAUGGGGUCCCCCAGCCGUACUCCUGAGAGCCCCGCCCCCUCCACCUCAUCUCUAC